AUGGCAACUACAGGGGUAUUAGAAGCGAUCAAGGUGAUCGACUUGGUAGAGAUUAUCCCCAAAUAUGAUGGAGAAGGAGGUAAGCUAGAAGGAUUUAUAGCUGCGGUAGAACAGGUAUUAGGUUUGAUCAAAGGAGAGGAAAGGUCGAAUGUAGGACUUAUAGCGCUCAGAGCAGUUAGGAGCAAGAUAGUAGGAGCAGCAGAUAGGGUUGUAGAUCUAGAUGAAACGGAAUUAAAUUGGGACCAGAUUAAAAAGAUAUUAGUUUCCCGUUUUAAGGACAAGAGGUCGGAGCAAGACCUGAUAAUGGAGUUGACCCAUAUUAAAGAAAAGAAAUUAGAAGUGGAGGCCUUGUAUACCAAGGUAAUGACAUUGAAAAAGGCGCUGGUGAGCCUUGUUAAGUCUAGCGAGCAUAACAUAUUGUUGAAAGGAGAGAAGAUUAAAUGGUAUGAGGAAAUGGUGUUAAAUGCCUUCGUGUCAGCAUUAAAAGGCCCGAUAGGGGUGACCAUUAGGAAUAUGGAAGGGCUGAACAUAGCAAAGGCUUAUGAAAUAGCGUGCAGGGAAAAGAACUUGGGAGCCUUGGAAGAAAUCAACUCAGAUCAGAAAACACAGGAGUCACCAGAAUCAAAGGAUAAGACUAUUGAAGAAGUUCAGAAACAAGUAGAGAAAGAAGAGCCCCAGACAAUUGAAACCCACAAGGAAACAGGCGUUUGGUCGCAGUACCAGUGGGGAGGAAACAACCAACAUCCGUUUCCGAUGCCAUUUACCAUGCCAAAUAUGAAUGGGUGGCCUGGAUUUGGGUUCUCAUACCCGAUGAUGGGUAAUCCAUUUAGAGCAGGUAACUUUAACCAAGGGGAGACUUCAAAUUAUCAAAGGCCAUAUCGUAGUUAUCAGAAUAGGAAUCCGAGAUGGAAUCAGGGUCAGGCAAACAGGGACAGACCAUGGAACAACUAUGGCUAUAAUAACAACAAUGGCAGAGAGAGAGGUCAGCUAGCAAUCGAAGCACCAAAAAACACAGAGGGCAGCGGACAGUCAAGAAUGUCCAAGAACUUUAGCAACUCGAAUAAUUCAGGACAGUCCAGACAGUCAUACAGUUCAUACAACUCGAACAAUUCAAACAACUCAGGGCGAUCUUUUAACUCAAAUAAUACCCCCGAUAGAAGGGGUAAUCAAGCAUCGAUUAGGGGACAACUACAUAAUAUCCAAGAGGAUGAGGCAAAUUUAUCCCAACUAGCCUCGAACAACCCACAGGAUAUUUAG